AUGAGGCAGCUUAUGCAGGAGAUCAGGUGGAGUGUUAGGAGACGUGAACAUUCUCUUACUGCAGCGAGAUGUACCAUCGAGAGGUUCACACGUAUACACCCUCCGACGUUUUCAGGAGGACCCGAUCCGAUGAUAGCGAAGGACUGGGUUGAGAAGACCAAAAGGCUUCUGGAGGUCCUACACUGCACAGAUAAGCAGAGAGUCCUUUACGCUACCUUCCAACUAUCUGGGGAGGCUGGGCGAUGGUGGACUGCGGCAAAUGAGUUCUCCGUUUUGACCCAAGGAGAUAUGACGGUGCAGGGGUAUGCUGCUCGGUAUAUAAAGCUAUCCCUUUUCGCACCGUGCUUGAUCUCAAAUGAGUACGAGAAGACUCGAAGGUUUGAUAAGGGCCUAAGGAAAGACAUCCACAAAUUAGUGGGUAUGCUGCAGAUUCGUGAGUUUUCGGUUUUGGUGGAUAAGACCACUGUGAUCGAGACCGACAUCCGGUAG